AUGUCUUUCACCUCCACCUCCUCUAUGCUCGUCGCUGGUUCGACUUCUUCGAGUUCAUCGCCCUCGUCUUCCUUCGGUUCCUUCAGCUCUGGCAAGGCGGUCGCCUGGUGGAAGGAGGGUGUCUCGUCUCCUUCCCCAUCCUCGAUGCUGUCCGCCGGAUAUGUUCGUGCUGCAAGCGAGACCGUGGUCGCUCAAGUCCCCUCCGCAAGAUACGGCGGGCUUCAAAGGACAAUGGCGAUUGGCCGCAAGAGGGGCGCCGAGAUUGCUCGCCGAUGGAGCGACUCAAAGGGUGUUGUUUACGUCUAG